AUGACGUCACAAGAAAACGAUGACGUCAUCGUCAUGUUCCUCUACGUUAAAUCCGGUGAAGCUAACGUGAAUGUAUUAUGUUACAGACUUAACAAGAGUCACCGGGCGGCCCAGGAUGCGGAGUACCCGGCCUACGGGGUGACGGGACCCAACAAGGACCUCUCCCCGUCCUCCGGGGACCGCAAGCUGGCCCAGUCUGCCCACAUGUACCAUUACCAACACCAGAAGCAGCAGAUGAUCGCCCUGGAUAAGUCGUCCGGGGGAGAGCGUCACGGGUCGGCCUCGGACGUGGACUCCGAGGAGGAGGGUGAGGACAAUGAGUACACCGUCUACGAGUGUCCAGGACUCGCUCCGACUGGUGAGAUGGAGGUGAAGAACCCUUUGUUCCAUGACGAUCCCACACCCGCCACGCCCUCCAUGAGAAAGGAGACUGAAGAGGCACAGAAGGACGAGCAGAAGGAGGAGGAGGAGGAGGACAAGAAGGAGGAGAAGGAAGAGGAGGAGAAGAAGCAGCAGGACGAACUCAAAGCCAAAUGAAUGCAGCGUACUGGAACGUUGGAAGCAGGACAGCUCACAUAUGCUUAAGCGUGUCAAAAUAUUGUAUACAGUAUGUUAUAAUGUAUAAACUAAAGAUGUGUCAGCAAUCAGUAAAAGGAGUAUAAUCAGUGUUUGGAGAGUGAUCUUAUAAGAGCCAGCACAAUAGGACGCAAAUAUAAAUAUAUAUACAGGCAUUAUAACAUACUUAAUGUACUGUACAACAACAAAUUACAGCAGAGAUAAUGUUUAACUGUAUUGAAAACCCAGAAAUGUUAAAAUCGAAAUGUCAUUUAUCGAUCUAAGUUUAAUAAUAAUUCUCAUUAAAACUAUAAUUCCGCAUAAUUAUAGCAUGAGGCAGGAGAAAGGCGUUAAUGAGGUUUCAAGGCUAUGUAUUGCCAGACUAGGAACAAUAUUGAAAAGAUCAAGGUGUUGAGAGCUCGUAUGCUUGCAUAGCUGUACUGGCUGUGGCAACACUGCCUGUAGCUAUAGAAAGGUGAUUUGUAUGUAAACAGCUGAAAGUUUUAGCAAGAUAACUGGUAUACAUAACAGCUGAGAGUAACUAUAGUAAGAUCACUGGAACACAAAACAGCUGAGAGUAACUAUAGUAAGAUCACUGAUACACAAAACAGCUGAGAAUAACUAUAGUAAGAUCACUGGUACACAAAACAGCUGAGAGUAACUACAGUAAGAUCACUGGAACACAAAACAGCUGAGAGUAACUAUAGUAAGAUCACUGAUACACAAAACAGCUGAGAAUAACUAUAAUAAGAUCACUGGUAUACAAAACAGCUGAGAGUAACUAUAGUAAGAUCACUAGUAAACAAAACAACUGAGGGUAACUAUAGUAAGAUCACUAGUAAACAAAACAACUGAGGGUAACUAUAGUAAGAUCACUGAUACACAAAACAGCUGAGGGUAACUAUAGUAAGAUCACUAGUACACAAAACAGCUGAGAGUAACUACAUGUUGGAGUUUUGCUUGGUGAGUCUUUACCCACAAAUGUCUGCACUAGUUUAGGACGACUCAGAAAUAGGAAUUAUUAUAUAAUUUAUCUGGUAUUAUGAUAUAAUUAAAAGUUGGAAAUUUCUUAACAGUUAUCUACAGUUGACCCAAGUACGAAAAAUAGCCUUUCAGAAGAAUUCAUUAUUAGAUAUUGCCUCAAAAAUGCUGCCACCUGCCAAUGCUGAAUUAAACAAAUGCUAGCGUUGAUGUCAUUCUCAUAAAUAUAUUGCAGUGAAUUAAUAUAUUUCUUAAAUUGGUUUUGCAUGGAGCUAAAGGGACUGUACAUGUGGUGUGCAAGGCUAAAGUUGUGUGUUCUGUGACACACCUAGGAUGCAGGCUGGUCCUAAUAUUUAUCAUCUAGGAUGCAGGCUGGUCCUAAUAUUUACCAUCUAGGAUGCAGGCUGGUCUUAAUGUUUACCAUCUAGGAUGCAGGCUGGUCUUAAUGUUUAACACUAAAGAUGCAGGCUGGUCUUAAUGUUUAUCAUCUAGGAUGCAGGCUGGUCUUAAUAUUUAACACUAAAGAUGCAGGCUGGUCUUAAUGUUUAUCAUCUAGGAUGCAGGCUGGUCCUAAUAUUUAUCAUCUAGGAUGCAGGCUGGUCCUAAUAUUUACCAUCUAGGAUGCAGGCUGGUCCUAAUAUUUAUCAUCUAGGAUGCAGGCUGAUCUUAAUAUUUAUCAUCUAGGAUGCAGGCUGGUCUUAAUGUUUAUCAUCUAGGAUGCAGGCUGGUCUUAAUGUUUACCAUCUAGGAUGCAGGCUGGUCUUAAUGUUUAACACUAAAGAUACAGGCUGGUCUUAAUGUUUAACACUAAAGAUGCAGGUUAACUUUAAUACACUUAAGAUGUAGACUGGUCUUAGUGUUUAAUAUUUAAGAUGCAGGCUAAUGUUAUAUGUGCAGAUUUAACACCAAAGAUGUAGGCUGGUCUUAAUGUUUAACACCUAAGAUGCAAGCUGGUUGGUCUUAAUGUUUAACACUAAAGAUGCUGGCUUAUUUUAAUAUUUUAACACUUAAGAUGCAGGCUGGUCUUAAUGUUUAACACAUAUGAUGCAGGCUGGUCUUAAUAUUUAAGUCAUAUUUUGUACUUAUUAAAUCUGUCAUCUCUUAGUACAAAAGAAACAGGACAUUAUCCAUUAGUUUCUCAGCAUUAGCAUAGUAUGAGCUUUGUCUAGUCUCAUCUUAAAAUAUUUUUCAAUAUAUUUUCCAAGAAUUUUAAGCAUUUUCUUAUGAAGAGAAUAAAAUAGGGAUUUAUUCUUAAAUUCUAUAGCUCAAUGCACUUAUGGUAAUCAUAACAAAAUGUCAGUGAUUCAACCAAAAUAUAUUUAAAUAACUUUAUUUUAUAUAUGCUUAAAUGAGACAAAAACAAUCAGGCAUAAGUGUUAUUUUUUGUUUACUAAUGUGUGGGCUGAAAAUCAAGACCGUCAAAGUCUUCACUUUAACCAACUGAAGUUUGAAGUGUCAGAAGCAUUCACGUGCAGCAUCGAUUUCCAAACAAAGAUUAUUUGUCUACCUUUUGUUUUGUGCACUAAUAAGCCUGAUGAUGUUUGGAAAGAGGCACCUUAGCCACCGUCAACAACAGUAACGCAACUGUAACCAAAGCCCUAGUCAUUUGUUUUUAUGUAUGGUUUGAGUAUCCUCUUAUAUAUAUAUAUAUAUAUGCUUUUCUGUAAAAAGCAUGAAUAAAGCUAAAAUAUAAUUUUAUGUAUAUAUUUUUGUAUAUGUAUGUAUAAGUAUGAAUGAGUAUAAAUAUAUGUUCUUUUCAUUUUAUGCAUUAAUUUAUAGCUCUGGAGACAGAGUCUCAGAGCAACGACACCCAACUUUCUUUACGUUUUGUCACAUCUACAAUUAAGAUCAUAUGCUGAAUGUUAUUCACUCUCCCUACAAUUCUAUAUAUUUCUUUGGCACAUUUGAGUUUCCAACUUCCAUCUGUGUCUCACCACCCCCUCCAUUUUGUUCAAGCUGUGGCCCACCUUUUAUGUUCCACCUGUUCCAGCUGUGUCAUUCCACCUGUUCCAGCUGUGUCAUUCCACCUGUUAUGUUCCACCUGUGUCAUUCCACCUGUAAUGUUCCACCUGUGUCAUUCCAAUCUGACUCCACCUUUCUAACUUGGUCAUUCCCUACAUGUGUUCUCUCUGUUCCAUUCCUCUCUUUUCCAAACAGUUUUCCCUCAUCUUCUUUUUUUUAUUAUUCCUGUGAGUAUCAUGACUUAUAAUUAUAUCUUUUCCAGAACUUCACAUGAUUAAUUUGAGGCUAAAUUAUCUUAGCAUAUCCCCAUAUCCCAUUACUCCUGCUUUGGCUUUGGAACCACCAUCUGAGAUGCUUCUGUACUUUCUUUAUUCUAAUUUAUUUGGUUGAUUAGGUCAGAGCCUCUAGACCCAUCAGAUGACUGAUGUUAUAUUCUAUUUCGAAUGUCUUGUCUGGAGUGUGUCUCCACUACUACUUCAUUUUGUUCAUUCCACAAUUAAACUAGUCCUUACUGGAGGAAAAAUUCCUUUUAUGUCUCGGGGUCAUUUGAACAUUACAUUUCCAUCUCUGUGUUAUUUUGUGUGUGUGUGUGUGUGUGUGUGUGGGGGGGGGGGGUGACUGUGUAUGAAUGUGUGUACAUGCAUACAUACAUUACAUAUAUAUACUGUAGACUUUUUUCCAAGGUUUUGUCCUUUUAAACAAUUUUUUUUUUUGUUAUAAUUUAGUUUGCAAAUUAUAUUUUAUGUAUAAUGUACAGUUUAAAUUAAGUUUGAUCUAUAUCUUCAUGAAGUUCAGAUGUGGAGAUUUAUUACAGGGAUAAGAUAUAGUGACUGUACGUAUGCGUAGCUGAUUAUCCGUAUCUGUACAUACGCAUGACUAGUACAACACACCAAUAGAGAGAAGCACUGAAACGUACUGUAUAUCUGGGUUUAGUAUGAUGGGAUUUUUGUUUUUGUUUUUUUUAAUAUAAACAUGGUAAAGGUUUUUUCAAAGUUGAUUGCAAGAUGUUCACUAUUUUCUAGUGUUGGAUGUACUUGAGCAGGUGACGAACGACCACUUAAAAGUUUUAUAAUUUCCAUAAAAUCAUGUAUGUAUUUUGUGGCAAUUAGUUUGAUGGAAUUCAGUAACUCAGCAUCAAUAAUUUAUUUCUUAUUAGUAGUUAUUUCAAUCAUUAAAAAUUGAAAAAUAUAAACAUUAGUAACACAGUUAAUAGUUAAGGAGUACAUUUCAAUUACGUUAACUGGGAAAAUAUUUUGGUGAAUAUAUCUCUGUAAAGUAGUUGAAUCUUGGAAUAUCUUGGCUCAUAACAUAGAAAUAAUAAUAUAAAGAAGUAUUUCUAAGCUAGUCACUAACAUCUGCCCAACAUACUACCCAAUAAUUGUUUGAAAUGUAUCGCAUUCUCCAAGUUCAUGAUACUGUGCAAAAUCCCUUCACAAGAUCUGAAAACCAUUUUCUGAAGCAAAGAUAAUUGUUAUGCUUGAAAAGAAGAAUCUACCACCUGUAUCAGUCUUAUGUAGUGUAUAUUAAAUAUGCCAUUGGGUUUGUCAACUGAUCUGAGGCUUGCCUUCUUAUUCCUCUCAACUUCAUAAAGUCUUACAAGGAAGUAGAGAUAAAAAGUAUUGUCUUCCUGAUAAUUGAUAUAAGCAUGAAAAACGUGCAAGAUUGUUGAGGAUUCUGCAGCUGUCAUGAGAGAGAGGAAAUGGGAACAUGAAAAACAAGAGUUGUACUGCAAAGAUUAUAUUAAGAAAUAGACAUGGUCUAAGUAAGAAUAUGUAUCCACUUGUAUAUAAAUGAGACACUCGCUUAUGAAGGCUUGGUUCAGUAUGUAUGGAUUAAAAAUAUUUUACAAGGAAUCUGAAGACAAACAAAUACAUUUCAAAACAGAAAAAAAGCUUGCUAAGCUUUUUUCAAGACCUCUUAUAAUAGUCAGUGUUGUGUUACAUUUAGGGAAUGGUUUAUAGACAUAAAAUUAUGAAAAUAAAUAUUUAUUGCAUGCCUUGAUUGUCUUUAUGUUCAGUAUUACCAAGUAUACAUACGUAUAUAUAAAUAUAUAUAUGAACAGUAAUUAGUGUUGAGUGAUUUAGAAUUAAGGAGAGUCUAGUUAGUUUGCCUGGGAACAAAUAUAUUUUUGCUGUAUCAGAUUGUAUAUUUAAAAAAAGAAAGCCUUUCAUUAAUUCAUAAUACGUAAAAAAAAUACCUGAGGCAUUGAGGCUUGUUGUCUUAAGUACAGAAAGUAACCAUCAUUCAGACAAGAUGAUCAACCAAGAUGUUCGUGAUUCAUCUUCUGAUGGUCCUUGCCUCUGUAACCUGAGCAUACAGUACAUCCAAGCUAGUAAGACCCCUGUCGUGAAAACUAAUUAGUAUUACCAUUUCCCAAGUACUGUACAUUUACUAGCAUUUGCCAUAUUAAGAACAACACUACAGGCAAAGGAAGAAGAUAGAGGUAAUUUCUUGACCAGGGCUGUUCUAAAGGAGCAUUACUCUGAUUUUGAGAAAGGUACCUUAUCUCUGCAGCCCCGUAUGCUUUCACAUGUAUGCUUCAGUUUUGUGUGGCUGUGGGUGUGGUUUUGUGUGGGUGUGGCUGCACUCCGUGGCUGAUGACAAGAAGUUAGCAUAGCCUCAGACACGCUGCUAUAUCCAGUAUCACAUUUAGAUUGUAGCGAUGUGCGAAGCAGACGUGAAAAACUGUAGCGGGGUAACUCAGGAGAAAAUUUUCAUUCUCUUUUUGGUUUAAGCUCCAUAUCAGAGAAUCUCUCAGACAAAAAGAAAUUCACACAUGGUAAAUUUUGACAUGUUUUUCUUUUUUGUUCUGAGCAAUUUACCUAUGUCUUCUCAAUCAUAUCUCGUGUAAGAGAAAUUUGUUAAUAUGACAAUAUGGUUCACUGUGGCUAUUAAACAGUCGGGGCAAUUUGACACAAGGGACAUAACACAUCACAUCCAUUGGUGAACCAAAUUAUUUAUAUAUAUGCAUAUUUGACCAGAAAUUGAGGUUCAGCAUUGUUUUGUGUUCUCCACAAAAAAGGUAUUGUAAUCCAAAUUAAGACUCAAGUACACAAAACACUAAUAUCAUGCUUCCUGAAAUCUUAUUUUGUACGAAUUUGUACUUCCAAUAUUUGUAAUACUUAUACUGUACUAUGUUUAAUUUGUUAAGUGACAUUUAACCAUUUCAUGUGGAGUAGCUGUAUUAUGUAUAACAUCUCAUCAACGUAAAUUGAUAUUCUUGCCUAUUAAGGAUUAGUAAUUGAAAAUAUAACUUGGAAGACAAAAAAAAUGCAACUCAAAAAUUAAUGAAACUGGUUUAGAAUUUUACCAGAUUGUAUGAUAAUUAAAGCAUCAGAUUUUUAGUUCAGAAA